GGGCGGUUUAUCAGACUGAACUGACGCGCGAAAGAACAUAUGUGGCCAUGUUAUAUUGUGGCUAAAAAUGAACCACACAAGAAAUAGCCAUUCGAUGGUGAUGUAUUUGACACGGCUAUCAUAGUUGUGUUUGGAACAUCACGUUUGCAGUGUUUCGGCGACUGUUUCAGACUAUUUACGUUCUGGUAACGUGUGUAAUUGUUUGGUGCAUCCAAUUUUCGAGUGUAUAUUUCUUUUGCCCUUGCGAGGAAGUAUAAGGCUCUUGAACCAAAUGUUGCGUCAUAUCUCUACAUACAGCGUUGAAUAUUAUACGGCAUCAAGAAAUCUUGAAAGCAGAGAAUAAAUCCGCUUGAAGUUGUACACUCUUUGACAUGGCGACAGCAUAUCUUGGAGUGUGGGACUAUGUGGUGUUUUCACUGACGUUACUACUCUCUGCUGCUAUAGGUGUUUACUACGCCAUCAAAUCAAGGAAUGAAAGUACAAUUCAAGAAUUUCUGAAGGCUUCUGGAAAUAUGGGCGUUGUACCUGUGGCUAUGUCGCUGCUUCUCUCCUUCAUGUCCGCCAUCUUCAUCCUUGGUUUCCCUGCAGAGAUGUACACAGCAGGAACCCAGUUUUACCUGCAGGUGCUCGGCAACAUGCUUGGCUGUGCUUUAGCAGCGCUCCUGUUUGUCCCCAUGCUUUACCCUCAGAAAUUAACAAGCACAUUUUCGUAUCUGGAGAAGCGGUUCGACUCCCGUGCCGCCAAACUGACAGGGACAUGUAUCAUGAUAGUUCAGCAGGUGUUGUACAUGGGAGUUGCAUCGUUUGCUCCAUCAACGGCUUUAGAAGCGGUGACUGGGUUUCCGACAUGGGCCACCAUCAUCACUGUCGGGCUGGUGUCAACGUUCUACACCUCACUGGGUGGAAUGAAAGCAGUUGUGUGGACAGACAUGUUUCAGUCAGUGGUGAUGUUUGCCGGACUUCUAGCAAUAGUCAUUCAGGGAUCCAUCGUGGUUGGCGGCAUGGGAGAAGUUUGGAGAAUAAACGAAGAAUGGGGAAGAAUUAAUUUCUUUAACUUUGAUCCAGAUCCGACUGUCCGCCAUUCCUUCUGGUCACUGGUCAUUGGUGGGAUGAUAUCUUGGACGGCGACUUUCGGGGUCAACCAGGCCAGUGUCCAGCGCUACUGUGCACUGCCAACACUGCAGAAGGCCAAACUGUCGGUGAUGCUGAAUGUCCUUGGUGUCCUCAUUCUAUUGACCAUCGUGUGUCUAGCCGGAAUCAUUACCUUCGCCUAUUACACACAGAAAGGAUGUGAUCCACUGUCUGCAAAAUACAUCAGUAACUCAAACCAACUGAUACCCUACUUCGUGAUGGAGGUGCUCGGAUAUCCCGGUCUCCCAGGAUUGUUCAUCUCAUGUCUCUUUAGUGGAGCACUCAGCACGAUGUCCUCCUGUCUGAACGCCCUGGCUGCUGUGUGCUGGGAGGACUUCCUGAAGCCAGUCCUCGGGGAAAGACUCAACGAAAGACAGAAAACACUCGUCACAAAAUUUUUGGUGCUGUUCUUCGGUGGCACUGGUAUCGGGAUGUCUUUUAUGGCAAUGACGUUGGGAGGAACAGUUUUACAGGCAUCGUUGAGCUUCACUGGGGCUGCCUCGGGGCCUCUGCUGGGGAUGUUUGCUCUCGGCGCCUUCUUCCCGUGGGCCAACUGGAUUGGAGCAGUGGUCGGCGGUAUUCUGGGGUUGGCGUUUCCCUUGUGGAUCAGCAUAGGAGCCUAUACGGUUGUGGGAGCCCCAACUAGCCUUGAGUUCCCCACAUACAACUGCAGCGUCCCCAACAUCACCGACUCCAUGACAACAACAAUGUCCUCCAUCAUGACCACAGCUGGAGGAACUGUCGAGUAUACUGGUAUCUCGGCCCUGUACACCGUGUCAUAUUUGUGGUACCCGGCUAUUGGAGCAUCGACAGUGAUAGUGGUUGGUCUCAUUGUGAGCGCUAUCACAGGUAUGAAUCGACUGGGUGAUGUGGACACAAAGUAUCUGGUACCUUUCUUCGACCGACUCUUCUGUUGCCUUCCCGGCCCAAUCAGCAGGUGUCUCCGCUGUAACCAGGAGUUCAGGGACCCGGAGGAAAUAGCAUCUGAAAAGGAUGGGGAGAUUGUGAUACCAGCGUCUGGUGAUCUUGUCAGCAGCUCCAGCAGGGAGAAGUUACCCCUGGACGGGUCGGGACCUAUGCCUGUGUAUGGACUAUCAUAUAAAGAGAACAACGAAACCAAUACCGGAGUUAACAACCCAGCUGCCGAUGUCUUCAACGACCAGAAACAGCAAAACGGGACACAGUUCUAAAUCAGCAUAUUCAAAUAUCUCAAUAUUAUCAAAUCAUUGAACGUUUAUUUAUGUAAAGUUUAGUUUAUUUACAGCUAUUUUUAUAGAACAAUGGUUUAAUUCAUUCAUAUCUCAAAGUUGAUGUUGACAUUGAAACGUCCAACAAAAUGGAUAAUAUGUUUCGUUAAAUAUAUACACACAUUUCUAGAAGAAUUAUUUUUUUUAUGUCAUUUGAGAUACAGAACAGUCUAACAAUUCGCCAGGUGUGUGUUGGUCACAAUUAAACGAUCUACGCAUUAUUCCUCUCGUUUUGCAUAAUAUAUUCAAUGGGCUCAUCCUUUGUUAAAUAGUGUGACCACAGGAUAUUAAACUGUUUCACUUUGUUUCUCCAGGAAUUGAAAAAAAGUUUGAAACUGUAACCCGUGCCAUGUAUCCCGUUGGUGGAGCCUCAUACGAUUAUCCUGAAAAUUCUGUACUAUUAGAGCUUUUCCCGCAUCUUUUAUUGUGUAAUUCAGACAUCAGAUGAAGAGAAAUAAUGAUAUAAUAAUAAACAAAUACAUCCAUUGGUGAAUAUAAUUUUGUAUGUUUUGAAAUAUUCUUUUGAGUAUUUGAUUAAGUAAAACUGAUGCGAAACAGGUGAAUGUGUUGUCCACUUAAGAUCGAUACACCGUAAACUGUCUAAUUGUUUAACUAUUCAAGACAUCAUUGAAAUUGUAAAAGCAGUCAUUCCGUUUUGUCGUUCAGAUAUUAGGCAGUGUUUUGUUCGCUCACAAUUCCGUAAAGCUGCUAAAUAAAAAUAAUUCGUCGCACAGUAUUUUUAUCGGUAUACGAUAAAAAGCGGAGGAAAUUCCUGUUUUUCAACGCAGAAUAAAUUAUCGGACAACACUUAGCAGUGUCAUUUUUUUCAAACCGUUUAAACAUUUGCAGUUAAAUUUACACCAUCAGCUAGGAAAUUUAAUAUUCUACAUCUCUGCGUAAGUGUAUAGCCGGAGGUAGAUCCAGUGCCGCGUGAUCGCAAUUCACGUUCAACCUUCACUUUUUCGAUCUUAGGAAAAUGUGCGUCAGAACAAAACUCGGCAUCCAGCGGGUUAAAUAUAACAGCUGCUUGCAAAAAUGUUAAGUGUACUUGUCCCUUGUCAGUAACGUUUUAGUAUUUUAUAACUAUUUUUUACGGUUUUCAUUCAUUCUAGAGGGGCGGUCGGGUAGCCAAGUGGUUAAAGCGUUCGCUGCUUACACCAAAGACCCGGGUUCGAUUCCCGACAUUGGUACAAUGUGUGAAGCCAAUUUCUCACUCACUGCAGGUUUCUCUCUUGUUGAAAUAUUCGUGUUAGAAAACUGAAAACAAGAGAGCGGGCUGGGGAAAGACAAUAAUAUAAAAAAAAUGUACGAAAACUGUUUUUCACUGAUUGUGUAACUUUUUAAUGUCUUUUGUAAAGCUGUAACGUUUAAAACACUCGCUACAUGUUAUUAAACGCUAAACCACACAUGCUUUGAAGUUGGUUGAUAAUGGUUACAGCGUUCAAGGCCUCGGUAAAGCUGUGAACAAGUUUUAUGGUAGACACGUGGAGACAAUUGCCAAAUUUCAGUGACAAACAUGACGUCGGAUGCAAUUCCUUAUAUCGACCUGUACCAUAUAUUCCGGUGUCUGUUUUUGUUGUUGUUGUUGUUGUUCAACUCAUGUACCACGGAGGGUUAUAUCGUGUAAUGAAAGAAGGAUAGAAAAAAAGAAGUCCAUGCGAAAACAUUUGCGUUUCGCUUAACCCCAAACCACGGGUGCGCCUGUUCCGGACGAAGACGGGUUUCGCCGGCUCGACGUAUAUUAUCUAAAGUCUGAACUGGUUUCAGAAAAAAACAAAUCUGCAACUCUGAGAGUGCUGGUGCCAGUCUACAGGAUUUCUACUCCUACCACACCAAAUCAGAAUCAGUUGUUCGGCCAGCAGCUUUCGUAGAGGACGAUUUAAUGUAGAUUGAGAAAUGUGGCAGCUGUGAUUGGAUGAACUUGUGUGAGAUUUGUUGAUGUUUUCAAAUGUACAUCUAUUGAGUCAAUUAAAAGUGACCACGAUUUUUCAA